AUGUAAGAAAUUUUGUGUAUAUAAUGUAAAAUAGGCACUAAUGGUGAUAAAUUCAUAACUGUUUCAGAUGAAGAUGUUAUAAAACUCAGAUAUGAAGUUGAUUUACUAAAUAAAUUAACUGCCAAUACCAAGAGUUAGAUCAAUGAGUCGGGUUAUGUAUGA